UAUCAGACGGUUAGUCUAUUUCUGUCUAGAUUACCAGCACAGUGCGCAUCAAUGUUUCAUGUUUCUUUAAUUAACCUUCGCACAUGGGCACAUGGUACGUAAACAUUAGCAUCGCGCCGCCGAGAUCGAGGCUGACUGAACCAUUGCCGACGCGAUGGCUGCCACAUGGACUCAAGUCUGGACCCCCGUCCAUGAGCCUGGGGGAUCUACCGAGGAAGAAGAACACCUUAGAGGUUGGGUUAGCAAUACCGACGAGGCAGAAGAUGUCAAGGAACAACUGCAGGUUGCCGAAUGCAUUACAUUUGUUGGUGACCGAAAAGGAAAAGGGUUUGGGAAUGGGAUCCUUCAUCUGCAGAACCCAGAUGGUAAGCUGAUUCAUAUGCCAAGGGUCAGGUUCUCGGACAUAAAAGACAACGUGGUGUCUGCUGACAGUGUUCCCUUUGCCAUCGUUUCUCGAUACAGCCUACGUUGCAUGUAUGGGAAGGACAAAAAUCAAGCUGCUAAAAGAAAAAAUGAAGAGUUGGCAGAGAAAGCAAUGAAGGAAGACCAUCCUCUGCCCAGAAAGAGAAAAUACAGACGUCUGCAGGGUUCAAAGAAAAAGGGCUGUCCUGCAAUGAUAGAAAUGAAGGAAGUUAUCCGCUUCACAGACUAUGAUACUAAUGACGACUCUGGGAUGUCAAAGAGGGCCAUAUCAGACCAUAUCCGAGCAGAUCUGAGAAAUGGGGAUAAGUUCAAUUUUGAGCGACGCAUUUACAUCCGGCUACCCAGCAAGACUGAUCACCAGAGUGUGCAUACACUUGGAAAGCUGACGGGGUUUAUGAACCCAAUGCACAAGACUGUGUCCACUAAACUUGUGGACCUGGUUGGUCAUGGCGUCACUAACUUGAACGAGAUGAAGCGACACCUAAGAGCCCACCUACACACUGUCCUGUUCCCAGAUGUAGAAAAGAGGCCCUCAAUAACGGAUACAGCAUUCUAUCCGUCGGAUAAUACCAUUCGGCAGCGUAUGUAUGCUGCAAGAAUGCAGCUAAGAAUUAUGGCUGAAGCAGGGGAGAAAGAGACUCAUGAUCAGUUUGAGAAGAGAUUCAGCACCCUAGUAAUCCAUGGGUUUGUCUCCCUUUCAACCUCUCUAGGAAUUCAAUCGGGUCUCUUUGAAGCUCUUAUAAAGCUGAAGGAUGAGGAGAGGACUGUCAAGGAGAUUGCUGAUACAGCCGGCCUCAAGGAAAGGUAUGUGCAAGAAUGGCUUGGAGUGAUGGUUGCAGCUGACAUCGUCGACAUCAACCCUGAGACAGAGAAAUACAGUCUUCCCCCUCACCGUAUACCAUUCUUCCAGCCUGGUAGCAGUGUCAGUGAUUUAGGAGUCUUACUCACGGAGUUACCCACGUUUGGUGGACUCUACAAAAAGCUGUUAGAUUGUCUCAAGAAAGAUGGCCCACAGGGACUUUCAUACUCGGAAUACACAGAUUUUCAUGCCAUGAUGUCCAAUCUUAGCGGUAGAUGGGUUCUGCAUCAUCUGGUUCAAGAUUUUAUACCGUCCAUGCCUCAAAUAGAAGAACAAAUGAAGUCUGGUAUCCGAAUAUUGGAUCUGGGUUGCGGGAGAGGAUUGGCCUCUCUUGUUUUUGCAGAGAACUAUCCAAACAGCACUGUUGUCGGACUGGACUUCUCAGAAGAGGCAAUAAACUAUGGAAAAGAACGGGCCAAGGAAAAGGGCCUUACCAAUGUAGAGUUUGUCUGUGAGGAUGCAGCAUGCAUACCUGAUGAUUGGAACAAUACGAUUGAUUACAUCUACACAUUUGAUGUCAUCCAUGAUCUUGCGCAUGCUGACAAGGUUUUGUUGGCAUUGAAUCGUAUCCUCAAACCAGAUGGUGUCUUUUCCAUGAUAGAUACGGACUGCAAGACCAAGCACUCAGAGAAUGCUUCGAAUGCGCUUUGUUCUUUGAUGUAUACCGUGAGUCUUUUCCAUUGCUUGCCUAUAUCUCUGUUCUUUGAGGGCAGUGUGGGGUUAGGAACAUGUUGGGGGCGAGAGAAAGCCACAGAGUUGCUCAAGGAUGCAGGGUUUCGAGUGGAUUCAAUCACUAAACCUGUCGGCACUGACGAAGCACAUUACAUGUGUACCAAAAAAGUGAAGUGAUGGGCGAGAUAAAGAAAUCAAAUUUUUCUGCCAUAUAAAUGAUCUAUUUUUAUACCUCCGUUACGAAGUAGCCGAAGGCAUUAUGUUUUCGGGUUGUCCGUCCGUGCAUACGUACAUACGUACUUCCUGUUCUCGUGAUCCCGUUAUCUGAAGAACCGAUUGAUGGAUUCCUGCCAAACUUAGGUCAUGUAUGUAUCUUGCAGAGCCAACUAUUAUAAUUGAUCAGAUUUGGGGUCUUGUAUAGCUUGUGAUCACAUUAGAACCGAUGGACAGAUUAAUUAGCAUCAAACGCAGUACAUGUAUGUAUCUUGCUGAGCCAAUGAACUGAUUAGAUUUUGAGGUCAUGGGGCUCAUAUUAUAUACAAAAAUGGCUUGUGAUCGCAUUAGUACAGGUGUAUUAGAACCGACGGACGGAUUACCAUCAAACUCAAGACAUUUAUGUAUCUUGCAGAGCCAAUGAACUGAUUAGAUUUGAGGGUUAUGCAAAGAUAAAAGGGUCAUACAUUUAUACCAAAAAUAGCUUGUAAUCACGAUAUUCUGAAAACCUGUUAAUGAAUUACAAUUAAACUUCAAUUUUAAAAAUUGCUUCUGUUUUGGUUUGUGAAAUCGCUCUAUAGAGGAGGCAUCAUUCCAUCUAGUUUAAUUGUUACUGUAGUAAUGUGAGAUUGUUGCCUCCUGUGGCUGGGCCUAGGUGUGCACUCAGGCCUCUGUGCACGCUGAACAAUGGCCUGUGCUGGGUUCGGUUGCAGGAGGUGACAGCUUUCACAUACAAUAUUUUGAAGCUGGUCACUGAACACCUUCUUUGUUGCUGAUACAGAUCAUGAAGUAUAUAAUUAUGUAAUUGGUUAUUUGAAUAUUAUGAUGUUUUUAAUUUACAUUUGUUUUACUAUUGUGCUGCUACAAGGGCUGUUUUGUUGCCUUCAGAACAAAAUACCCUUCCAUCAACUGCAAAGCAUCUAAGAGUGAACUUAUUGACCUUUCUUUCAUUACUAUUAGUAUAGCAGUAAAUGCAGUAUUAGUUGUAGUAACUCACUUGUAACUCACUUGAUCCAGGAUUAUUCAGUCUUUAGACUGUUGUUCCUAUCCAUGGUUUCGUUUGGUUGGGGUUGUCAUCAUAUUUAUCUGGGGCAUCUUUCCACCAUUUCUCAAGCCCAGAUUUGAAACAAUUGAUAGUGGUACUCUCCACAACAUUGCCUGGAAGACCAUUCCACACAUUGAUUAUUCUCUGGCUGAAUGAGUUUUUUCUUAGUGUCUUCCGGCAUUUUAGCUUGUAAAGCUUAAGUGAGUGACCACGUGUGCGACUGCACUUUGUUCUGCUAAAGAAAUGUCGUUCUUAGUAGUAGUAGUAGUAUUGAUAGUAUUAGUAUUAUUAUCAGGACUCCAUAUUAAUUUUGUUCUGACUGGUGCUGUGUUACAAUGCUACUCAUAUAUAAUAUAUACUGUGCAAUCAUCGUAAUGUUAUACAUUUCUUAUUUUCUAGAAAGCUUGUUAGUGAUCAUUAACAGGAUAGUCAGAUGGAAUGAAUUACAAGAAAUAAAACUUAUAAGAUUGCUUGGGACCUGGUAGGUAUAGCUGUGUUUAAGUUCCUCUAUGUAUCUAUUUUACUUCAUUUAUGACAACAACCAAUUAUAUCUGUACUGUGAUUAUACAACUCAUGAUUAUGUCAUUAAAAGAGUAUAUGUGUUAUAGUA